UUUUUAGCUCAAGAUGAGUGUCAUACACGAUAAUCCGGAACCUGGAGUUAUAGAUACGGAUCUAUUAAAGAACUUAGUUAUGCAACAAGCACCUGACGGAGAAGCCGGAAAAGUAUUUUUGAGAGAUGGAGUAGUUUUGGAGAAAGUUCGCACAAUUCGACUAGAGGACCUGAAUAUUCUUAGAAUCGACAAUUUAUGGAUGAUGACAUCCCUAGUGAAACUGCAACUUACAUUAAAUAUUAUUCAGAAGAUAGAGAAUUUGGAUGCGCUUGUAAAUCUGAAAGAGCUGGAUUUAUCUUUCAAUCAGAUCGAAGUUUUAGAAAAUCUGGAAAAACUUACAAAACUUGAAAUACUCACAGUUUAUGAAAAUAAUAUUAAAAAAGUAGAAAAUAUGGACCAGUUAAUCAAUCUAAAACUGUUUAGCAUUGGAAGAAACAGAAUAGAUGGCAGAGAUAGUGUUGUGUAUUUAAGGCGGUUUCCUCUGUUAAGAUCUCUUACAAUGGAAGGGAAUCCAUGUUCACAAGAAGAUGAUUUUACUGAAUAUAUUUAUGCGUGUCUUCCAAUGCUAAUGUAUUACCAUUACCGAUUUAUUUACCCACAUGAAAAAGAAGCUGCCAAAAAAAAGUACAGCAAUGUUCUAAAAGAGCUUGAAGAUACAGAAGCUGAAACAGCAGCCUACAUCAAACAAAGGGAGGAAGAAGAAAGGAAGCUCAAGUCCUACACAGCAGCAUUUGUAGAGUAUUUAGACAGUGAUCAGCUCUUUAGUGCUUUAUUUGAAAAUGAUGGAGAUGGUCAAGCACUCCUGAAAAUGGAUGACGAAGUUGUGGAAGUGUGUAAGGAGUAUCCUUUUAGUUUUGUGAUUGUUAUUAACAGGUCUGACUUUUACAGACUUUAUUGCAGCUAUAUGUGUACUAAGAGAAAAAUAUCUAGUUUUAAGAAUGCUGCUGCCUGUUCUCUUAUACUACUAAACUUCCGACAGAGAGAGAGAGAGAGAGCAAAAAGCAAAGGAAAAACAAGAAGCACACAAAUGCAUAAUAUUUAUCUUCAGUCACACUCUCAAGAUCAUCUUCUGACACAUAGCAAGAAAAGAAAUAUAGCCAGAAAUAUAACCAGGACAAAGCAGCAGGAAUCAUUGAAAUUUUUCGUUAUCUGCACAGAUAUGAAAUUAUUGGUGACAUCUAGACUACAGAUAGCUGCUCUUACCCGAUUUGACAGUCUAGUUAUCUGUCCUGCUUACAGUUGUCAAUUUUGUGUAUUUGUAAUUGUAUUGCUGAGUUUAAAGAAUAGCAUUUGUAAUACUACAAUGAUGAAUUGCUUUUGGCAAAUAGAUGUAGCAACCAUUAAAUUGAGAAUCCAGCCAAUGGAGUGCUCAACUGAGAAUGUCAUUACUUUGUACUCAGUAUUGCUACAUAAACACAUUAAUGUUAAGGAAAAAGUUACACAAAUUCAUGAUGAGUUUUGUGUCAUUACACAGAAAUUGUUUGACCUGGGUCUGAAACAGUAUAAGAUCAGGGAAGCUGAAAUAGAACAGUUCAGUAAAUGUGUGGAAGAUGCCAAAGAUAAGAAUGCAAAACAAUUAGAAAGAAUUAGGGAUACCUUCACUGAGAAGAAAGCAUUGAUAUAUAUCAACAUGAAAGCAGCUAUUAGAGGAAUAGAAAAUUGUGAGUGUGAUACAAAGGUGUAUUAUGCCCAAGCACAGAAGUGUACAGAAGAGUUUAACAGUAUUUGCCACUCAGCAUUCACAGAUUUAAUGGCUUCAGAGCUUACUUUGAAUAAUCAACUUGAGAAAGUGAAUAAAACUUUUGAAAACAAUCUUAAUCAACUGGUGGAAGUGUUUAUCAGGGAUGCUCAAGCUCUGUUCAGUGAAUGCUGUAACAUACAGAAGAUAUUUAGUGAACGAUUAGCAGAAUAUGCUAACUGUUAUCUUACCAAUGCCAUUGUUAGAGCUGAUGAUCCAACAUUUUCAUUGCCACUUGAACUGAAGUCGAUAAUGAUUGACAAAGAAAGACUGAAUAAAGCAUCAAAAAAUUCCCAUGCAUAUCACAUACACAUAAUUAAUGAACGUGAAGAUACACUAGUAGAAAGGGCAAAGCAGUGGGCUAGAAACAUGUGCAGAGAAAUUCAUAGGGAGGAAAUAAGAAGAAAUAGAUCAAAAAUUAAUGAGUUCAACCAUUUCUUUGAAAUACAGAGACAAGAAUUUGAAGAAUUAGCUUAUCAGGCAUUUAAGCAAGAAGAAACUACAGAAUCCCAUGAAAGUCACUGUCAGGAUUAGGAGUUCCUUUUUCUGAAGAGCCCAUCGAGAAGAAGAACAUUCGGGUGUGUAACAAGCCAAAGUAUAUAAUAAAAAAGGUCCAGGUAAUUGUAAAAACUUAACAUGUACACUGUAUUUUUUUUUUAAAAAAGAUGACUAUACUGCUUAAUGCUGUUGAUGAUCAUGCUAGCUAAAUUUAGUCAUGCAAAUUAGAAAGAAAGCUACUCCUGUGAAAUGGCUACUGCCUCCUCUGUUAGACUAAACAAAUGUUUUCAUCUUCUAUUUGUAGAUUAUAGCCUACUGGUAUUUUUCAAAGAAAAUAGUUUCUGGUUACAGUACAUUACUAUUAUACUUCUAAUUUAGAUUUACAAUCCUUGAAUCUAGAUCUUUAGAGAAAUUGUAGAAGUUCCCCGGUUUUGCUCUAUGUUAGAUAGGAUCCUGUUAAAUACCUUUCAUGAGGGUAUGUAACUUACAUAUAUGAAUAUAUUCAGUAUAUCAUGGAUUGUAUGAUGGACAAGUUUGUAUCUUGCUAGAUGAUAAUAAUAGGCUAUAAAAUAUCUUUUACAUCAAGUGCAUCAUUUAUGUAAUUGUAAAUGUAAGUGUGAAUAUACACAAAAGAUGAUAUUACUGCAUUUUUAAUGCUUAAAGAUGGAUAAUAAACAAAUAACUAAAUAACUUCACUCUGAAUGCUAGACUGUGAGGCAAAAUUUACAUGGAAAUUAUUUUUGUGUCUUGUAUUGUGAUUGUUUGGAUUACAGUUCAGAUGAAACUGAUUUUUAUUGCCAGCUAUAAAAACCAUUAAGGAAUGAAUGUAUUGGGAAGUGUGUAUAAAAAUUCCAAGAUCCUUAAAAAUUCUUCUACAAUAUAUGUAGCUACUGCUGCUUUACUUUACACAAUAUUCUCACUGCUCAUUUCUGUUGAACAAACAUUUAUUUACUUUAGGUGCACAGCUCCAAAUGACUGCUCCAUAAGAUGAUGGGGAGAGAAACUAUGCAUAAUAAGCCAACACCCUUGUCUUUAAGUCAAUGCUACACAAGAUUCUUGUAAGGGCAAAAUAUGCUAAAUUUAGCUUCUUGAUAAGUUUUCCUAUGUGUAACUUGACAUCCAA